GUGUUUGGCUCUUGGAACAAAACGAAUGGCUCGGAUGAAUGCUAUUGUAAGGUCUUUGCCAUCUGUAGAGACCUUAGGCUGCACAACAGUAAUUUGCAGUGACAAGACUGGUACUCUGACUACCAAUAUGAUGUCUAUUUCGAAGAUAUUUGUGCUUCAUUCUGCACACCAUGGUCCUCCUACUUCUGAAUACAGUGUCAGUGGGACAACAUAUGCGCCAGAGGGCUUUAUUUUUGACAGUGAUGGGAUGCAGCUUGAGUUUCCAACUCAAUUUCCUUGUCUUUUUCACAUAGCAAUGUGUUCAGCCCUAUGCAACAAGUCUGUUUUACAGUACAACUCGGACAAGGGGAACUAUGAAAAAAUGGGGGAGUCAACUGAAGUAGCCCUUCGUGUAUUGGCAGAGAAGGUUGGUCUUCCUGGCUUUGAUUUACCUUCUGCUCUGAAUAUGCUGAGCAAGCAUGAACGAGCUUCUUACUGCAAUCAUUACUGGGAAGACCAAUUUAAAAAGGUCUCUCUUUUGGAAUUUUCUCAUGAUCGGAAGAUGAUGACUGUCCUUUGUAGUCGCAAGCAGAUGGAGAUUAUGUUUUCAAAAGGUGCUCCAGAGAGUAUCAUUUCUAGAUGUACGAGUAUCCUCUGCAAUGAUGAUGGUUCCACUAGUCCACUAACUGCAAAUAUUCAAACUGAGUUAGAGUCCAGAUUUCACAGUUUUGCAGGAAAGGAAACCUUACGAUGUCUUGCUCUAGCCUUGAAAAGGAUGCCCAUGGGUCAUCAAAUUGUGUCCUUCGACGAUGAAAAGGAUCUUACAUUUGUUGGGUUAGUCGGAAUGCUUGACCCACCAAGAGAAGAAGUAAGAAAUGCUAUACUUUCAUGCAUGACAGCUGGCAUAACAAGGGUACUUUUCUAACUUGAGAGGCAACUUUAGAGUACUGCAGAAUCACUGUGUCAAAAGAUAGGUGCUUUCGAUAACAUGGGAGAUUUUGGUGGACACUCCUACACUGCUUCUGAGUUUGAAGAGCUUCCAGCACUACAAAAAGCAAUGGCAUUACAACGCAUGACACUGUUCACCCGGGUUGAGCCAUCUCAUAAAAGGAUGCUGGUUGAAGCAUUACAACACCAAAAUGAAGUGGUUGCAAUGACUGGCGAUGGAGUAAAUGAUGCACCUGCACUAAAGAAAGCUGACAUAGGAAUUGCCAUGGGAUCAGGCAUAGCAGUUGCCAAGAGUGCUUCAGAUAGGGUUUUGGCAGAUGACAAUUUUGCUACAAUUGUUGCCGCUGUUGCAGAGGGAAGAGCUAUAUACAAUAACACAAAGCAGUUUAUCCGAUGCAUGAUAUCUUCGAACAUUGGUGAAGUUGUUUGUAUUUUUGUGGCAGCUGUACUUGGAAUACCUUAAACUCUUGUUCCUGUCCAGCUGCUCUGGGUAAAUUUAGUUACUGACGGAUUGCCUGCCACUGCUAUUGGUUUUAAUAAGCCAGACUGUGAUGUGAUGAAGGCUAAACCUCGUAAGGUUAAUGAAGCUGUUGUCAGUGGUUGGCUAUUCUUUCGUUAUCUAGUUAUUGGAGCUUAUGUUGGACUUGCCACCAUUGCGGGAUUCAUAUGGUGGUUUGUUUUUGCUGAUAGUGGGCCUAAAUUACCAUAUGUUGAAUUGAUGAAUUUUGACACUUGUUCAACGAGGGAUACAAGUUAUCCAUGUAGUAUAUUCAAUGAUCGGCACCCAUCAACUGUGUCAAUGACAGUGCUUCUUGUUGUUGAGAUGUUCAAUGCAUUGAAUAAUCUCAGUGAAAAUCAAUCUCUCCUGUAAGUAUUCACUUGAACCUCAAACUUCAUCUCAACUUUGAUACUGUCUCUGUCCCCAGAUCGAUUCAUUUGAAAGCUGAAUGUGUGACAUGUAAAAACAUGGUUAUAGCUAGUUUCUUGGAUUUCCAUCUUCUUCCCAUAAGGUACUGUAUAAAAUCAAAUCAGGGAAGAAUAAAGAUUUUUAGGCCUUGUUUGGUUUGUGUUUCUCAAAAAAUUUUGGGAAAAAUUCUCUACAAAUAAGUUUUCAAAAGUACUCAAACCAAGCAAAUUUUUCCAAAAAUUUUUUUCAAAACUUGUUUGGUUUACAAAUUUUCUAAACAAAUCUCUCCCUCAUACACACAUCAAAUCAAUCACUUUUUGCAAAACUCUCUCUCAAAAUAAUUUUUCAAAACAUCUUUUGAAAAAAAACCAAACCAAACAAAUUUUCGUACUUUUUAUCUCAAAACAUGUUUCUCAAAUACAAACCAAACAAGGCCUUAAUUUUUCACUAAUACAAGUGGCCAUGAAACACUUUUAAAGGUGAUAGAUUUGGAAUACUGCUUUUCAUUAAGAUACUACUUCUUGGCUUCUCAGAAGUGCAGCAAACUAAACUGCAUGAAGAAUACCAUUGAAAAUAGUGUUUGCAAAGCAAAGUGUAGUUUAAAGGCUUUGAAAGAACAGAAAUGACCACUUGUAAAUUUGGCUGUUCUGUUUCUCCUAAUAUAUAUAUAUAUAUAUAUGUUAAU